GGCCGGGAGCGGCUCGGCCAUGGCCGCGAGGAGGGACUCGCUGUGGAAGUACUGCUGGGGAGUUUUGAUGGUUUUGUGCAGAACUGCCAUUUCCAGGUCGAUAGUUUUAGAGCCUAUCUAUUGGAAUUCCUCCAACUCCAAAUUUCUACCUGGACAAGGACUGGUACUAUACCCACAGAUAGGAGACAAAUUGGAUAUUAUUUGCCCCAAAGUGGACUCUAAAACUGUUGGCCAGUAUGAAUAUUAUAAAGUUUAUAUGGUUGAUAAAGACCAAGCAGACAGAUGCACUAUUAAGAAGGAAAACACCCCUCUGCUCAACUGUGCCAGACCAGACCAGGACGUGAAAUUUACCAUCAAGUUUCAAGAAUUCAGCCCAAAUCUCUGGGGUUUAGAAUUUCAGAAGAACAGAGAUUACUACAUUAUAUCUACAUCAAAUGGGUCUUUGGAGGGCCUGGAUAACCAGGAGGGAGGGGUGUGCCAGACAAGAGCCAUGAAGAUCCUCAUGAAAGUUGGACAAGAUGCCAGUUCUGCUGGAUCGAGCAGGAAUAAUGAUCCAACUAGACGUCCAGAAUUAGAAGCUGGUACGAAUGGAAGAAGUUCGACAACAAGUCCCUUUGUAAAACCAAAUCCAGGUUCCAGCACCGACGGCAGUAGCGCCGGGCAUUCGGGGAGCAACCUCCUCGGUUCCGAAGUGGCCUUAUUCGCAGGGAUUGCGUCAGGGUGCAUCAUCUUCAUCGUCAUCAUCAUCACGCUGGUGGUGCUGCUGCUCAAGUACCGCGGGCGGCACCGCAAGCACUCACCACAGCACACAGCCACGCUGUCGCUCAGCACGCUGGCCACCCCGAAGCGCGGCGGCGCCGGCGGCCACACCGGUGGCUCAGAGCCCAGUGACAUUAUCAUCCCGCUGAGGACGGCCGACAGCGUGUUCUGCCCGCACUACGAGAAGGUGAGCGGUGACUACGGGCACCCGGUGUACAUCGUGCAGGAGAUGCCCCCGCAGAGCCCCGCCAACAUUUACUACAAGGUCUGAGGCCUCUCCCCACCCCGACGCCGGCCUUCGCCUCCCACUGGGAACUCUGCUGACCCGCGUGGCCAGGUCGCCUCGUGGCGCGCCCCACCUCGGAGACCUGGGAGGGGGACUGGACUUGGCACAGGGGGUCCCCCCCCACCCCUCCACUCCACCACAGCCCAGGAGGGAGCGUGGACGGUGCCCGCCUGGAAGGUUCCUGGAGCUGGACAGCUUUCUAGACUGCUAGGAGACCCCCAUUGGGACAGGGUGCGCACCCUGGGCCUGGGGAACGGGGGCCCCCUCCUGCCAGCCAUGCGCUGCCCCCCACCUGUGGCUCAGGCCUCUUCUCUGGGAACCCCGGGAGGGUGGGGUGGUGCAGGACCCGGUGCGGUGCGCACGGCCCCCACCCUGGGCGCCCGGGCACCCUCCAGCCCUCUGGCCUCCGGUGCCUCCCAGCCUCCCGAGGGCACGUCCUGGACUUGUCACCCGGACCUCGAGGGCUCAGUAAGGUUUCAGAGAUCGCUAGCGUGUCGUCCUCACUUGUCUCACUCUGGUCCCUCAUCCGGGGGCUCCCGCCGUCUCCCUUCACCUGAAACCCCCCACCCCCUGUCAACUCACUUCACCCCUGCGUCCCGGGGACGCUCGGGGAUAUAAGCGCCAACGGUCCGCCUCCAGAGCGUGCGUGCGCGGGCUCGAGCCACUGGGGCACCCCCCCAGAGCCAGGCCGGGCCCCGCUGGCAGCCACCGGCCGCCCAGGCGAGGGCAGGAGCGGCGGAGAGCGGCAGGGGCAGGGCAGGCCGCCCAUCCUGGCAUGCCCAAGCUGCUGCCUCUCCAGAGCGCAGGGAGGACGGACAGACGGACAGACGGGCAGCAAGCACAGCGCUUUGGUUUGGUUUUUAUUUUUUGUUUUUUGUUUUUGUUUUUGUUUUUGUUUUUUUUUACUGAGACUGAAGAGGCAGAAAUCUAGGAGACAACACACGCAGUCUGGCGGGUGAGGACGUCGCUUAGAUAGACUUAGCAGACAGCACCGUGCAGGGAACGAGGCCUCUGCGCCCACCUUGUAAGGAGGGGAGCGGCCCCGGGCACCCAGGACGGAGUCCGGCAGGACUGUCGUGGUGGUACUGGCAAUAAGAUGCAGCUCUGGAGCUGUAGGAGAGUCGGUCUGCUUCGGGUGAUGUUUUAAGCAGACUCAGCUGCUAUACUGAUCACAUUUUAUGAAACACAGGGAAUAAAGCAUUUAGGAGAAGAGCAGAGAGCCAAAGCUUGACCUAGAAGUUGAGAAGCCAAAGGUCAUGCAGGCUGUAAUUCCAUCACCACUGACCGUUAUGAAAGAAUUCUCAUAGGUUUAAAAAAAAUAAUAAGGUAGGUCAGAUUUCCCCAGCCCCCCUGUCCCCACCCCCUCCCCGAUCGAGCCUUAUGACACUUUGGUUUAUGGCGGUGCUGGCCGGGCUGCAGGGAGGUACUGGGGACCUCAGCCCGCGGCUCGAAAUCAAGGAAAAGCACACACAUGGCAAACCUCUUAGAGUCCUUAAGACGGAAGUAAAUUAUGAUGUCGAGGGGGAGAAGGAAGAUAGGCAUAUUUAUAAUAGGUGUAUAGAACACAAGGGAUAUAAAAUGAAAGAUUUUUUUUUACUAAUAUAUAUUUUAAGAUUGCACACAGAACACACCAGAAGAUGUGAAAUUCAUUUAUGGCAAUUAAAGCAGUCACUGUGGCUCAGUGCUUUAGGAAGAAGAAGAAAAAAAAAAGAAUUGGACAGGUACUUCUGGGAAAUACAACAUCACUUGCAAAAAAAUAACACUAAUGAGAGCGAAUCUCCACAUAACCAAGUCCUCCGAAGACAUCUCGCAGAACUGUAGACAAGGAAAAAAUACAAGCCCCCAAUCCCAGGAACUCCGUGUGACUGCAUCCUGCGCUUAGAUGCUUCCGGCAUUGUUUUCCGUGUCGGGUUUACCCUCACCCAGGCUGAGGUGUCCUGUAGCAUUGGCAGGUCACACUGAGGGGGUUUCACUUGAAAGUUUAACUGUGGCUCCUUCCUCUUCUCCUUCUCCUACUCCCCCGCCCCCCGCCCUACCAGAAACAAACAAAAAAAGAGUAAACAGGAAACCUACUUUUUAUGUGCUAUGCAAAAUAGACAUCUUCAACAGACUCCUGUUACUAUGGUAACGCUUUGCUUUCUGAAUUGGGAGGGAAAAAAAUGGAAAAAAAAAUGUAGCGACAGCAUUUGAAGGUUCUCAGCCCUCUACUGAGUACCUGCAAAAGUGAGUUGUCACUGAAAUUAUUAUUAUUCCCUAGUUCCUGAUCCUGAAAAUGAUGUUGGUCCAAAGUGUGUGUGAGUGUGUGUGUGUGUGUGUGUGUGUGUGUGUGUGUGUGUGGUCUAUGUGUGUACAUAUAUGUAUAAUAUAUAUCUCCAAUAUAUAUUAUAUAUAUCUAUAUCAUUGUUCUGUGGGGCGUUGCCAUGGUGACCGGCCACAGUACAUAUGUCAUUCUUUCCAUCGCCCCCACCUCUCCUUUCUGUGCAUUCGUACAAGGUCCUCUUGUAAGCCAUCGGAAGUUACUUGUAGGAUGGGGGAGAGAGGCGAGGAGGGGAAAAAUGGGAACCAGUCUGAUUUUAAUGAAAUCAAAUAUAUGUGUCCUCAGUGGGCUACAUUUUGGCUGUAUGCUCAACUGAAAAAAGAAA